UUCUGUCGACGUACACUUCGAUGAUUAAACGCGUGUUUUGUUUGCAUCGUUAGAUUUUUUUCCCCUGUAUAAUAAUAGCAUCAUAUAUUUUUUUUAGUUCUUGGAACUUUACUGGUUUUGAAUUGCAUGAUAAAAGUGUAUAUUAAUUAAGAGAAAACAAAAAAAAACUAAGCAUGCCACCCAAGCGAAAACGAGGCAAAAAAAAUGCCUCACAAACAGUUCGAAAAACACCGAAACUUCAAACAUAUAAUGACGAUGACAACGUUUUUGAAGAAAUUUGCCCACCGUUCACACUGCGUUCGAAACUGCGUUCACAAGUGAAGUUGGAGAAAAAGGUGUCGACACCUUCACAAUCAAAAGCAAGCUGUCAACCAAAACGGUUACGAGCGGCUAGCGUAAGAACCAUAUCAAACGGUAAUUUGGACGACACGAAAAAACACGUGGAUAAAACUUGUAAAAUGACCGAAAAUGAACAAGAUAUCGUUAUUUCGGAUGACGACAUUGAGCUUGAUUUAACACCAAAGCGAAAGUUAUCGUUCGAUUCUGAUAACGAAUGCAUCAAUCAAGUCAAAAGAAAGAAACCGAAUAAAACUAUUGUUUUAUCUGAGGAGGAAAAUGACGAUGUCGAAAAAACUUCGAAUGGGUCCAAUGAAACGAACACACAACUGCAAGUUGAAUCAUUUGUACAGAACGAUGACAAUGCACAUAGCGAACAAGACAUUCCAGAGGAAUCGGUCAAUUCUGAAUGUGAAAUCGAGAUGGAAUUGGAAAUUCCAAGUACAACUGAUCUCGAAGCUGAAAUCGAAGGUGACAUCGAAGCUGAAAUCGAAGCUGACAUCGAAGCGAUUACAGCUACUAACUCCAUUGAAAAUGAUACCGAACCAAUUCAAUCAAAAUCCACCGCAUCACAAUCGAAUGAUGUACAUUCAGAAGAUGAAGCAAUGGAUGAACGUACAGAUAAUAUUGGCAACAAUCAAGAAAAUGCUGACUUCGAUGAAAUUCUCGAUAUCAAUGAACCCGAUUUAGAUGAUUUAUUGUUCGAUGUAGAAGUCGAAAAAUCUUCUACGAGUUCCACUAUAAUAUCGAAGGAAACGAACAAAAUGGCAAUGCCACUCUGGAAACGACCGGAAAGAAAAACCAAAGGAAAAGAAAAGCCAUUAGAGUCACCGGUACAAAGUCAGCUAUCGCCAGUACAGAAGGAGCCGGUUUCAGUACAGCAGCAACCUCCACCGUUGAAGCCAAUCGUAACCAUACAUAACAAUUUGCUGAAAAAUGUAACAGUUACGAUUAACAACAGAUCGGAUAAGAUAUUGGAACAACCGGCUGCUCCGAAUGCAACGAUUGGUCCAAAAGCGAUCUUCAAGAUCCCAGCACGAGUGAUUACAAACAAAACAAUCAGUGGUGCAGAAAAUGUAAGUCGUGAUCCAAGAAUGGCCAUAAGCACUGUACAAAAUAUCCCUGGACCAGCCAAUAGUGUACCAGUUGAAAAGAAUGUCGAAGCAUCAUCACAAGCACCAAACAAUGUACAACCACAACGCCUUUCGGUGAAAGAUCGUUUGGGUAGUCGAAUCAGUGGAAAACCGUUCACACCAUUAAAUGGUCAAAAAACUGGUUUUAUCAUAAAUAACAGCACAGACGGUCCAAUCAAUGAUACGCCGCCAACGCAACGAGCAACGGGCACAACACCAUUUUCAAAUGCUCACCGCAACAUGGCAUCCACCCAAGCACAAAUAAAUGUACAACAACCACAUCCAGAUUUGCCAACAUUCAUGCGAAAAGAAUUGGAGCAAAAAAGUUUGUGUGCAUUUGAAAUGCCAUCGUUUGCAACAACUUCACAGCGAUAUGAUCGCAUUUUUCAUCGUAUAUUUGAGCGAACGUGCCAUCUUAACAUGAAUGAGGCCUGUCUACUGCCGCACGAAUGCCAAUUGAAUCAUCAAUUGCCCGAUCACAACUACUUCCGUUCCUGCAUAAAUAAAAUGGACCGAAAAAGAGUCAUUGACCUGUACGAUGAGUUUAUGUGCCGAUGUCAAAAAUUGUUCGAUUUUUAUUUCGUUGAUUUUUGCGAUUACUUUGGACAACAUGGCUUGACAGAUAAAUUGAAAAAAAUGGUCAACGAUUGUAAUAUGCGCAAAGUCCAUUUCCAUUUCAUUGCCAUCGUUGAUGGAUUCAUGAAAACGGGCAAAACAUUUGCCGGCGCUCUAAUCGAAGUUGUUGGCGCGAUAAACCAACGUUCGAUUCGUGCAUCGAAAGAAAUCAUAAAAUUGGUAUUGAAUCCGCGCAACAACAACAUUAAACCGUUCAUCGUAGUUUUGGACUCAAUUACCAAGCAAGAAAAUUUCAAACUAACCACCGAAUGGAUCAAUCGCAUUUUGACAAUUCAAAUCGAUACGGGUAUUGCCGAGUUGAGUUCGAUUAUUUGGCGCAUUACCGACUUCACGCGGUUGGGCAAAGAUUAUGAGAAACUUGAUCAGAAAUUGUUGGAAAAAUUUAUGACAGAUCCGAGAAAUAUGCCGGCUAUAGGGUCACUUUCGUCGCUUGGAACACCAAGUGUCUAAUUGAAGCGCAUUCAUUUUUAUUUCGAUACGAAUAGAAAAAAAAAAUCUAUCUAAUAACGAACACAUAUUUUGUUUCGAUGAAACAUUUUCUAAAAGAAAAAAGAAAACCAUUUUGAUGGUUGAUAUUAUUUUGCUUAAAGAACCCAAUCCUUAUUUUACACAAACCAUCAAUAUCAUUUUAACACUCUGGAGAAUGAAAAAUGAAUUAUAAAUAAAGAAUUGAAUUA